ACCUGAGAAAAAAGAUGUAAGCUGUCCUACAACAGUUGUUGAGAUACAAUUAGGCUAGAGUAAACUCCAAUUUAGGCCCAAACUAUUAUCGGCCCAAUUUCCCUAAUUCCAAUUACGCCCUUCAAUAGCUGCUUUCAGUUCAGAGUCCAGAGGCCCAUCUGUAGAGUUUCCGAAAGCUGCCUUCUGUUUGAAGCUGAGGAUGGACGUCUUUGCUCGCCUAAAGUUUUAAUGAUCAAGUGUUUGUUUCCUGCAAAAAAUUCAGAGAGACAACAGAGAAACCAGUGCACAACAAUGGAUGCUUAUACGUGGCACAAAGUUGCUGCUCUUUCGGGAGUUGCAGCUCUUGGGUUGGGCACAUAUGGUGCCCAUGUCUUCAAGCCCCAGAAUCCCGCUUACAAGGAGGUAUGGCAUACAGCAUCUCUAUACCAUCUGGUUCAUACUGCAGCUCUUCUUGCUGCCCCUAUCACCAAAAAUCCCAAUGUUUUUGGGGGCCUCUUAACAACUGGGAUUCUUGCAUUCUCUGGGACGUGUUAUGCUGUGGCUUUACUUGAGGACAGAAAGUACGCUACCUUGGCUCCAUUUGGUGGCUUUGCCUUUAUUGCUGCUUGGGCAAGCUUGCUUUUCUGAAGCAUAUGUUUCAUUUGUGCAUCACUUGUCCCAUCCAUCUCUGUCAAGUGAGAUUUAUAAUUCAAUUGCUGUAAAAUUCAUGCUAUGUACAUUAAUCUCAGAACUUGUGCUGCAUAUAUGUUACUAUUAUGAUGGAUUCACCAUGCUUUGAAGAAAAUGAAGAGCCAACUCAUUUGAUUUAUUGACCCUAGAACUAUUAAUCUAGUAAUAAUAAGGGAGAGCUUUUAUCUGAA